AUGGAAGCCGUCAUUGGAGCUGUGCCUCCUGGUCCCCAAAGUGGAUUGUACGUUCCUAAGACAACCCUGAGUUCACCCCCUUGGCCUGAAGUCGUCCUGCCAGACCCCGUGGAGGAGACCAGACACCACGCAGAGGUCGUGCGGAAGGUGAACGAGCGGAUCGCCAGGGGCCAGUAUGGCCGGCUGUUCGCCGUGGUGCACUUCGCCAGCCACCAGUGGAAGGUGACCGCCGAGGACCUGAUCCUCAUCGAAAACGAGCUGGACCUCGCGUGUGGAGAGAGGAUUCGGCUGGAGAAGGUCCUGCUGGUCGGCGCUGACGAUUUCACGUUGCUGGGCAAGCCGCUCUUGGGGAGGGAUCUUGUUCGCGUAGAAGCCACCGUCAUUGAAAAGACAGAGUCAUGGCCCAAGAUCAACAUGAAGUUUAAGAAAAGGAAAAACUACAGGAAGAAGAGAAUUAUUGUGAGCGCGCAGACCAUCCUCCGGAUAAACUCCAUUGAGAUUGCUCCGUGUCUGUGCUGA